CUUCGAGCAUUCGAUAUAGUCAAAUAUUGAGACCGUCCAUCUUCUUCAAUAAUAGAGUACCAAACCCAGCUUCCCUUUUCUUGAAGACGAUAGGACGCUAACGUUUUCAUUUUCAAGGGAAAUUGGCUUCCCAAAAAGGAUACGAAAAAUGGAGUACUGGGCACAGAAGCCAGUGGAAGUGAGGGCAAUAGAGGCUUUAGGAAAAGGGUUCGAUCUGAGUAGUGAUUUCAGAUUGAAAUAUGCUAAGGGAAUGAGUAGUAAUAAUGAAAGAUUGGUGCUUUUGGAUGAAACUAACAAAAGGGAUGUUGUGUUUCCUGGUGGCCUUACUAUCUCUAACGUUUCUGAGGAUAUUAGAUGUGAUAAAGGUGACAGGACUCGAUACAAAUCUGAUGUUCUUGAGUUCAAUCAGAUGUCAGAGCUACUUAAUCAUAAAUCUUCAAUCCAAGGAAAAGUUCCUUCUGGCUAUCAUAAUGCUAUUUUUGAUUUAAGUGGAGACUGGCUUCAUGAUACUACAGACUCCAAGUUUCUUGCUUUUGAUGGCUACUUCAUCUCAUUGUACUAUUUGCACCUGACAGCAUCUCGAUUAACACUGAAAGAUGAAGUAAAGAAGUCUGUGCCUCCUCGUUGGGAUCCUGCAUUGUUGUCCAGGUUCAUCCAUACAUACGGCACACACAUAGUAAUAGGGAUGGCUGUUGGGGGUCAAGACUUAAUUUGUGUAAAACAAAAACCUUCCUCACCAAUUCCCCCUGCUGAGGUGAGAAAGCACUUGGAAGAUCUUGGAGACUAUCUGUUUUCAGACAGAAGAAGUCCGUCCCUUCUACAGAGGAGUGCAAGAGAUGGAAAACAAGUUCCCGAGGUCUUCAAUCGUAUUUUGCAGUCAAACACCAUGCAGCUGACUAGCAUUACAGAAACCUCAAGCAAGGAUGGAAUCACCAUCAUUUGUUCAAAAAGAGGAGGAGAUGUGUUCUCAAACAGUCACUCCAAUUGGCUCCAGACAGUACCAGCUAAUCCUGAAGCAAUUCUAUUCAAAUUUGUACCAAUAACAUCUCUUCUUACUGGGAUUCCCGGAAGUGGUUAUCUUAGUCAUGCAAUCAACUUGUAUCUACGUUACAAGCCUGCUCCAGAUGAUUUACAAUGCUUCUUGGAAUUUCAAGUUCCAAAGCAAUGGGCACCUAUGUUUUGCGAGCUGCCUUUAAGGCAUCAAAGGAAGAGAACUUCUUACCCUUCCUUGCAGUUCAGCUUUUUGGGACAUAAGAUCUAUGUCAGCCCUAGCCAGGUUUCAAGUGAUAAAAAACCUGUGGUUGGCCUACGUUUGUACUUGGAAGGGAAGAAAUGCAAUCGAUUAGCACUUCAUCUACAACAUCUCUCAAGCCUUCCAAAUAUCAUGACCUUCCCAUCAGCCAACCCCAUAACAUGCAUGCCAUGUCAGUGGCGAGGCUCUGAUGAUUAUAGAUCUAACGACCAGUUUUUGGAACCAAUUAGAUGGAGGAGAUACUCAAAGGUGUGCACGUCUGUUGUUAAGCACGAUCCCAGCUGGUUGCAGGGAGAUACAAGUGGCGUGUUUAUUGUAACCGGUGUGCAGCUCCUUUGCAAAGGGCGGUGGCCAAAGACAGUACUUCACCUCCGUCUUCUUUUUACACAUAUACCCAACUGUACCAUUCGGAAGACAGCAUGGGCUGCAGCUCCAGAAGCAUCUCAAAAAUCAAGUUUUCUGACAAAUCUCAGCACAACAUUCACAUUUACUCAGCGAGCAACCACUGCUCCUGACAAGCAAGGUCCUGCCGCAAUUAACUCUGGUGUGUAUCCAGAUGGUCCUCCUGUUCCAAUUCGCUCAAAAAAGCUGCUUAAAUAUGUGGAUGUGGCUGAGGUUGUGAAGGGUCCGCAUGAUGCUCCAGGACACUGGCUGGUUACUGCUGCUAAGCUAGUCACAGAUGGUGGUAAGAUUGGUUUGCAUGUGAAGUUUGCUUUGUUGGACUAUGGAUUUCACUGUGCAUAGAGUGGAUUUUGUUUUGAUGAUUGAUUUAGUUAUUUCCUGUCUAAACAAUCCUUUCCUAGCAAAUUGGUUUUAUGUCCCGAAGAGUUUUGCCAUGGUUUGUACAGAGAGACGGAAUAAAUUUACUAGCUAGACCUCGUGCUGUACAUUUGGUUGUCUAUGUUAAUGGAGCUUUCUGUUUUUUUCGUGGUUUAA